AUGCUCUCUCGAGGACGGCAUCGCUUCUGCACGAUCGCGUCACAACUGGAUACGGGCUUUUUUCAAAAGUUCCAGUCCGUGGAGCCACAUCAAGUUAUCAUCCAGGAUAAAAUCUAUGGAGAACACACCAUUACCGAGCCCGUUCUUAUUGAGCUCCUCCAGAGUCCGGAACUUUGCCGACUCAAAGGGAUCAGGCAGUCUGGCGUGACGGCUCUUCUUGGCUUCGGCCCCAAAGUCACCCGUCUGGAGCAUUCGGUUGGCGCAUUUUUGUUGACGCGCAAGGUUGGUGCCAGUGUUGAGGAACAGAUCGCCGCGCUCCUUCAUGAUAUCAGCCAUACCAGCCUGAGUCAUGUCGUGGAUUAUGCGCUCUCGAAACCCGGCGAGGAGAGUUAUCACGAGGUCCACAAGUCACGAUACCUGAAGACCACCCAGCUCCCGCAGAUUCUCACCCGCUAUGGCUUUUCGGACCUGCGAGCACUGAACGAAGAACUGUUUCCCCUGGUGGAACAGCCAUCUCCACAUCUGUGUGCAGACCGACUAGACUACUCGCUGCGGGACUUGCUUGCUUUUGGGCAUUUGAGUCUUGAAAAGGUCCAGCGGAUAUUUCACUCGCUAAGUGCAGUGCCUGAUAGUACUUCUUCUCCUCACCGGUUGCUUGUGCUCGAUGACCCUCAUCUUGCACUUUCUCUGGCCCGCGCAUAUCUAGCCACGGAUCGAGGAGUCUGGUCCAAUCGAGCACACGCCAGCAUCUACAGACGGACGGGGCGGGUCAUCAAAGAAUUAGUCGAGUCCGAUCGAGUCAAAGAAGAUUCCUUGUGGACCUUGUCUGAUGUGGACUUUUGGUCCUUGCUGCGUCGUCAGGCGACUCCCGAGCUCCUCGGUGAAUUGGACAGACUUGAAACAGAGGGUUUGCCGGAUGAGAAUGAACUGCGUUUACCUCGUCAAACCAAGAUCAGAACAUUGGACCCCGACAUCUACCCCAAUGCAUUGAACACCGGUGGGCCUGUUCCCCUAUCCACAGUCUUGCCUGAGUGGGCUGCGGAGCGUCAGCGGUACAUUGCCGAGCGUGAAUCAACACGGGAAUAG